UCAGUCAGACCAAGCCCAUAGGCCUUUAAGUUUCAUCCUGGUCAAUGAAUCACAUCUUUUGUUGCCUGCACUCUGGCUCUUCUGUACUGGACUUAUAGCAAAGACAUUCUAAUAUCUGAAGCCUGACAGACAUUUGUUUCCAGUCAUGGGUGACUGGUCUUAUAUGUCCUCACUGCUAGACAAGGUCCAGUCUCACUCUACUGUGGUGGGGAAGAUCUGGAUGACCGUCCUCUUCCUGUUUAGGAUCUUUGUCCUGGGUGCUGCUGCAGACAAAGUCUGGGGAGAUGAAGUGUCAGAGUUCAAUUGUGACACCUUGGAACCAGGAUGUAAACAUGGCUGCUACAACUGGAUGUUCCCAAUAUCCUACAUUCAUUACUGGGUCCUGCAGAUCACCUUUGUGUCAACACCUACCUUAGUCUACCUAGGCCAUGCUGUCCACAUCAUUCACAAAGAGAAGAGGAUGAUGGAGAAGCAGCGGGACAGCACAAAUGGAACUGUACUUAGGAAGCCAAGGUAUACAGAUGACAGAGGGAAGGUAAAGAUAACAGGCAUCCUCUUUUGCACUUACAUGACCCAGCUGAUCGUCAAGAUCAUCCUGGAGGUGGGAUUCAGUGUGGGCCAAUUCUACAUCUUUGGCACCGUGUUCAUGGUCUCCUACUUCCACUGUAAAAUAUCUCCACCUUGUGCCCGUUUCACUGGUGCCCAGUGUUACAUUUCUCGUCCCACCGAGAAAACAAUUUUUGUCGUCUUCAUGCUUGUGGUUUCAGGCAUUUCGGUGAUCCUCAACAUCAUGGAGAUAAUCUACCUGCUCUGUAACAGGAAGAGAGACACCAGGGAAAUACGUCAAGCUCAGCAGCAUGUGCUCAUCUCGCAGCAGUGCCCUUCCAACCCAGCUUGGGGAACCAUGAGCAACGAGUAUGGAGGGUUCCCAUUGUUGCCUCUACCAACCCAGGGUACGAAAGGCCUCGGCAAUGAUGACAAACACAUUGACUCUGUCAGUAAAGAGAAGGACACCUGAUACAUUAAUUAUACAUUAUACACUUUGGAUGUUUCUUGUUAUUAUUUUUCUUAAGUUACUCUUUACAUAUUUACUUUAAAAAUUACAAUAAAUAAAAAAUCACAAUACUGCACUAUAAUGGUCAAUAACACCAGCUCCCAGAACCUGGGGUAUGGAGCCUGGUCAGCCCUCAAAAAGACAUUGGAAGUGAUCUGAGUAUUACAUUGGAUGAUGAGAAUUUAUAGAAAUAAAUAAAUAAAUAUAACUAUGCCACGCGAUGUGAGAGUGCGCCUAAUUUGAGUUCAAGAUUAUGCAUCACUUCUAUUGGUUGGAUUGAAGGACCCAGGUUCCAUUCAGCCCAAGAUUAUUUGUUCUAGAUAUUGAUCAAUCCUAACAUGAAUAUAUAAGCAAAUUUUUUUAUAUACACAGUAUGUUACAUUCAGAUUUAGAAUUACAUUCAGUGCAUUAACGGUUGGCCCACCGGGACCAUUCACCCUGUUUUAGUGAGACCCUGGAUCCAUAUAUGGGCAGGGGGGAUUUAAAGCACCACAUACGAAGUGUAACACAUAACCCAUAAAACGCGACAAGGUGACAAACAGAACAACAGAAGGAAGUGAGACAGGACAAUAAUAGAACUGACAAGACGGGACUGGACAGGACAGUUGACAAACAUCAGAAUGUAUUGUUAAUAAUUGGGUAGAAUGAUCUACGAUUCAUAUUUGGGUGAUCACGGUUUUCGUGUUUGAAGGGAGUUGGAAAAACAUGUUAUGCAUAAGUGUGGAUGGUGUUGCUAGUGUGUGGAUGUGUGUAUGAGUAAAGUGAUAACUGUAAGGGAGAAAUAAUGAAAAGAAAAAAAAGAAAGAAAGAAAAGAAGACAAGAAAAAAAGGGGAAAAAAAGUGGAAAAUAGAAUAAUUAAAUGAUAUAAAUAAUGUAAAAGUACUAGGGAGGGCGGGGUAUUACAUAAUAUCAACAUUUUGUUGAAUUUAGAAACAUUAGAAAUGGGGACCAUGUAUCUUCAAAGGCUGACAUUUGCUUCUUUCUGUGUGCAUUGUGUUUUUCCAUUGAAAUGUAUUCUGAGAUUAAAUUUGUCCAGUGAUUGAUGUGGCAAGAAUUCUUUGAUUUCCAGUUUUGGAGGACUACUUUCUUAGCGACAGCUAGAGAAAGGAAAGAAACGGCAUCCUGAAUUUUUGCGGGAUGUGGAUUUCGGAGAUAUCACCAAGGAGACAGAGUGUUGGAGAAGAUGGGAUUCUGUAGCUCAGGGUGGUGGACAGUGUCUCUGUGACUGUGAUCCAAAAUGAAUGAACUGGUUGACAGAGCCACAUGGCGUGUAGAUAAUCGUCUGUGCUACCUAAGGUGCAUUGUGAACAGAUACCUGUGUUUGCUAGGCCCAUUUUAAACAUUUUACUUUGGGUGAUGUGAGUCCUAUGAAUUACUUUAUAUUGUAUAAGCUGCAGGUUUGAGUUAGCAGUCAUGGAGAAGGUAUUCUUACAUAUUUGUUCCCAGUAAUUAGGGGUGGGAGAGAAGGCCAGAUCAGCUUCCCACUUGGUUGUUGGGAGUGUUAUUGUUGUGUUUAGGUUGGAAAUCAUUGUAUAUAGCCGGGAGGUUAGUUUUUUGAAGUUAUUAAUUUUUAUAAGUUCUUCUGUGAGCUGAGAGGGUUGUAACGUGUUAUUGGUGAUUCCGAUUUUAUCUUUUAUUUUAAGUCUAAGUUGUUGAUAUUGAAGGAACUGUUCUCUCCCAUCCACAUAUUUCUCUGUGAGUGUGUUAAAUGACAUGAAAUGGUUGUUCUCAAAUAGGUGGUGAAGGUGUGUGAUUCCUUUUUGUGCCCAUAUGGAGAAAUAAAAAGGUUUGUUCUGUAACAUGAACACUGGAUUGUGCCAGAGUGGGGUGAACUUGUUUAAUUCUAGUGAUGAUUUUGUGAUUUGGUUUGUUUUCCACCAGGCUGUGAGAGUUGAAUAGAUGGUAAUGCGUUGGCAGAAGUUGGAUUUCUUGAUUGAUUGUGAGAGGAAGGGGAGAUCUGCAAUUGGGAUGUUUGUACAUUGGUUUUGUUCCAGUUCCAGAAACUGGUAAUUGUGCUUAUGUAUAUUGAUCCAUUUAACCAUGUACUGUAAUUGAUUUGCCAGGAAGUAGUGAUAGAAGUUUGGUGCCUCAAGCCCACCAUGUGAUUUUUUAUUUUGUAGUGUUGAGAGUGAUAUUCUCGUUUUUUUGUUUUUCCAAUAAAAUUGUGUUGUUAAUGAA